AGAUACGUGAACGAGACGGUAGCGGUGCAGAAUGGCUACACCAAGACCACGAAUGAAGGAACCGCGGUCAUCGGCGUUGACACGACGAACUUAUGGCCCACUGGUGGGCCUGGCCGGCCUUCGGUGCGCCUGAUCAGCGACAACACCUACACCCACGGCCUCUUCAUCCUCGAUGUCCUCCAUAUGCCAUUCGGUUGCGGCACUUGGCCGGCUUACUGGCUGCUCGGGCCAAACUGGCCCUACAAUGGCGAGAUCGACAUUAUCGAAGGCGUCAAUACCAUCGGCUGGGACUCUGUGACGCUACACACGAGCAGCGGCUGCACGAUCUCGGGCAGCGAUCAGACUGGCAUAUUCCAGACCAACGAUUGCUCCGGCGGCUGCGGUAGCAUUUUGAACGACAGCAUCACGCCAAACAACUACGGCAGCUCGUUCAACGACAACAAUGGAGGAGUCUACGCCACCGAAUGGACUUCCAACUACAUCAAGACCUGGUUCUUCCCGCGCAAUGCCAUACCAUCCAGCAUCACAAGCGGCUCACCGGAUCCAAACGGGGAUUUUGGCAAGCCCGGCGUCAAUUCGCAGGCUCCAUGUCCAUUUGAUCAGCAUUUCAAUAAUAUGAGCAUCAUCAUCAACAUCGACUUUUGCGGGGCGUGGGCUGGUCAGGUGUAUUCCCAAUACACGAACUGUCCGCAGAAUGCAAGUGCUCCAAAUAGCCUGGACUCCUGCGUCGAUUUUGUCGGGCUCAAUCCCAAGAACUUCACUGAUGCAUACUGGGAGAUUGACUCGAUCAAGGUCUACCAG